GCAUUCAAGAAGGAGAACGCCGGUUUCCAUGCACGGAGUCCCCGAGCUUGGGAGACUUGCAUCUCCGACUUCGGUGGCGAACGGAGAGCACUGGAAACGCAGUGCCUCCGUUUUUUAUAUAUAUUAGAUUCCUCCGCCGUGUACCUAUCGAGGCGUCGCGGCUCGCGGACCGGAGACCAGACCGGACUUCAUUGGGCGCCGCCGCCAACGACCGCCACGGCACUGCCGCACGCCUGGGCCCCGCCUAUCACGUGCUCCGGCCGGGAGAGCACGUGCUAUGGCAACUGCUCCUACCCGAGCUCUGGCUCUCGUCGUCGUGCCUAUAAGAACCGAAAUGGAUUCGAUGGAGAAAAACGCGACGUUCUCAGAUUCCUUCGCCGGAAAAUGGAAGAAGACGCCGCCUCCAAGAUCCGAUCGGACUUCCUUCAAGUCCUCCGCAGCCGGCGGAGGAAUCCCGAUGUUCCUCUUUCAGUGGAGCUUGGAAAGCCAGUGACAAAUCCAAUGUAUCAGGGGAACACUGUGUUGGCUUCAAGGAAGGUAAUGGAAUCUUGUCCAACGGAGAAUGUUGUGGACUUCAAGGAUAGGUUGAUUGAAGAAAAUCUUUACUUGAUUACUGAGGAAGGUGAGCAGGGUCGUUUGCCUGUGCUGAUUUUGAGCAUCAAGCAAAGUGCUCCACAAAGAAGGCCAGCUGUUGUAUUUUUACAUAGCUCUUACAAAAGCAAGGAAUGGUUGCGCCCAUUACUGGAGGCAUAUGCUUCGAGGGGAUAUAUAGCUGUUUCCAUUGAUUCUCGCUACCAUGGUGAAAGAGCCAGCAGCACGACAACAUACCAAGAUGCUCUUGUUUCAGCUUGGAAAAAUGGUGAUACGAUGCCUUUCAUUUUUGAUACGGUGUGGGACUUGAUAAAAUUGGGAGAUUAUCUUAUGCAGAGGGAGGACAUUGAUGCUUCGAAGAUCGGGAUCACUGGUGAAUCACUUGGAGGAAUGCAUGCUUGGUUUGCUGCGGCAGCUGAUACCCGCUAUGCUGUGGUUGUUCCCAUAAUUGGUGUUCAGGGGUUUCAAUGGGCCAUAGACAACGACCAGUGGCAGGCUCGAGUUGAUAGUAUAAAAUCUGUCUUUGAAGAAGCAUGCAUUGAUUUAGGCAAGAGCACAAUUGAUAAAGAAGUUGUGAAAAAGGUUUGGGAUAGAAUUGCUCCUGGUCUAGCCUCGCAGUUUGAUUCACCUUACACAAUUCCGAUCAUUGCACCACGCCCUCAGCUUAUUUUAAAUGGGGCCGAAGAUCCUCGCUGCCCUCUCGCUGGGGUAGAAAUUCCUUAUUCUAGAGCAGUUGAGGCCUAUAAAGAGGCUAACUGUCCAGAGAAAUUUAAGCUAAUAGCAGAACCUGGGAUUGGGCAUGAAAUGACAGCAGCGAUGGUGAAGGAAGCAAGCGACUGGUUUGACAAGUUCCUCAAGUGAUUAUUCUCUUAUGCCAACCUUCUGCUCCAGAGUGCUCUGAUCUGUCUUUUAUUCUUUCCUCAGCUUCUUUGUUAUUUUCCCCUUUUUCAAUAUUAGUACUUCUACAUAAACAAAAGCUUGCUAAGCUAAAUAAUCAUUCAAUGAAUUUAAAUAGCAUAGUUGGUCGA